UCCUGUAAAUUUAAACAUUUUCAGAUCGUCGGAAAGAUCAUGCAUUUACUGAGCACUAAGGCAAAAUCGUCAAGUCGGAAAAAGAGGAGUUCAACAGGUGAGGGAAAGGCAUUUCUUCAAGAUCUUCGUAAAAAGGUCGGUGGUGCUAAAUUUGAUAGCUUUUUGGCUGUGCAAGGCGAUGUAGGUCUUAUGUUUGCCAUAGAUGAUACAGGAAGCAUGCACGAUGAAAUCCAAGCGGCAAAGAAGAUCGCUAAAGAUAUCAUCAACUAUAAGCGGAGGUUCCCUAUCAAGGAGUACAUCUUGUCGCCAUUUAACGACCCCUAUCCAUGUGAGUAAAAUAAUGGUUUUUUUUUCCGUCUUUCGUGUCGUCUGUUAAUUGUGCCACGUGAGUACUUAAUUUUUUCGGUGUUGCAGUAACAGCACUCAGGGCAUCCAUACCAUCUGUUCGUAACCGAUUGUAAUUUUGUAACUGUAUUCGAUUUUACGUUUGCCUUCAAUCUGUGAAAAUAUAUCGCCCAACAGGCACAUGGGUCAAUGUUAAGUAAUCUUUUGUAACCUUAUCUGUAGUAUAUUAGAUUGCCGUCGUUUUUUUGGUUCAGAACCAACAUUUUGAGCAAUUUUGACGGAUUAUGAGCUCGCCGUUUACUGUGCCUCUCGGCAGUAAACGACAAACUCAAAAUCCUACAGAACUGCUUCAAAUACCAUUUCUGAGACAAAGGAGGACAAUUUACCUUAAAUUCGUACGGUACAACGUUUUUUUCGCAUUGGUAAGUGCACAUAUUUAGCCACAUAUCGCUAUAUAUACGUAUGAAGCAAACGAAUCCAAUAGGCCAUUUACCAGUUAUUCCAAGCCUCUGUCUCAAAGCGAGGCUAGGUGCGAAGCCGUUGAUAUGAAAAUAACCUUUUAUUUUCCUGCCUGUAAAACUUAUUUUCACAAAAAUGGUUUUGCACUUAGCCUCGCUUUGUAAGGGGGGAUUUUGUAGCCAGUUCCAGGCUCCGAGAUAGUCAGGUUCGCUGAAUUGAGAAAGCACGAACACGAAAAUGAAACGCCCCGCCAACUUUUUGCGUGCCUUUUCCUUUCACGUCGUCAGUCCACACUAUCUGAGGGGCUGCAACAGGCUAGGGAUUUUGGAACUCAGAAAUGGAUUAUACAUGUACUAUAAAAUAAAAACUCGGAACAAACGGUUACAAACAGAUUUCAUGGGCUUCCUAUACAGCAGUUAUAUUUAAUGACAAGGGAGUGUUUGGUUCGUUGUCAGAGGUCUUUCUUCUCAGUCCUGCCGAGACAGCUACAAAAAACAGCUCAUUUCGGGCAGUCAAGGUCUUUGGAAAAGAAAUAUUAGACGCUAAGUCGCCUAGAAGAAACAUAACUGUUAACCUUAAAGUUUUAAGCGCUAAGAGUGAUCACCAUCAAAUUUCUCCUUGUCAUAUAAAUGCUGAGUCAGUAGUCAUGAGAAUUGCGGACAUGAUCACACAAGAUGAAUUUGCUUGAUAUUUUAUCAACUUCUCCCCACUUCUUCUGUAGGAAAUGAAUAGGGGCAACAAACAAGAAUUCAUAUUUUGAUCUUAGGGUUUAAAGGGUUGAAGCAAAGUUCUACCAAAUCGUUUAAAUUAUGCACGAAAAUAUACUAUUUUUCAAGAAAUUACACUUUUUAUCUCCUUUUCUGCUAAUGACUCCAAUUAACACUUUGCAAUGCCAAACAAAGGAGUCGACACUUGAACACAGUUCGUCAUUUUUAAAUCUAUAUUUGAAUUCCGGUAGAUCCAACAAAUGCCGAUCCGGUGAUUGUCAAGAACCAAACCGAAGCUGGAGAGUUUGAAAAAGAAAUAGAAAAGCUCAGGGCCCAUGGCGGCGGAGAUUGCCCAGAGUACACGUUUGAGGGAAUGCGUGGAGCACUAAAUGAUCUGGAAAUGAAUGGUUCUCCUUUGUAUGUGUUUACUGACGCAGGACCGAAGGAUGCAACAGAAGCGGGCAUUGAGGAAGUGAGGACGAUUGCUAAAGAACGUGGCGUAGCUAUUAACUUUUUGACCACAGGUAUAAUUAGGGGACAAUUCUUGAUUUUGGGCCUCAAAUUAACCUCAUAUUAACUUUUUUAUGGCUGACUUCUCGAGCGGGCAAGAGGAAGCGAAUCCUGAGUUCUGAUUGGCUAUCUGAGUGCAAGGCUCGUUAUUUCCCCCGUUGGGCCCGCGGGAAAAAUAUAAUAAAUCCGUCAUUGGCCAAGCUUGGAGAGUAAGAGAGUAUUUUGCCUUUCAUGUGCUUCAUGCUAGCUAAGAAAGUUUAUCUUAACUUCAGCUUCUUAAAAUGUUUUAAGGUUAUUGUCGCAGUCGAGGUUACAGCUCGCGCGAUCCAAGAAAUCUUCACCCAGCCUUCCUAGAUCUGGCUAAGAGCACUUCUGGUCUAGCCAUCAUGUUUAACAACGCAGGGGAAUUGGAACAAGUGACCAAUUUGACAAUCGGAACAUUGGAGGGUGAUACUAUCGUAUCUACCGGCUCAAACAAGACGCGCAGAAAAAAGAGGAGUUCUGUUGGAUUAACUGACAGUCGAUAUACCAUUCCUGUUGAUGACUCUAUUGAAAAGCUGUCUGUGACCAUAAAUACUGCGACAGAAGGUACGCGAUACUUGUUGAGCAAUUGUAAAUAUGAGUAAACAUUUAAAAUAAUCAUUAUUAACGCGAACUGUCCGGGAUCAGGAGUUAAUAACCCAGAGCGAGAUCCUUAUUUUCUCGGGCCGGUUUUUUAGAGCACUUUUUCCCACGAAAGUGGAAGCCUAGCUUGGUUCGAAGAAUAGGACAUCCAUGAACGAGGAUAACUAAACGUCAUUAAAAGGUCAAUAGUACCCGCGAUUUUUCAGGUCUGUAUGUUUUGCUAGAUGAUUGGUGAAACUUUUCAAAAAUAUUCUGAAUUCGCGCCAAAAUCGUUCUAAAAAUAAACUCGUUCCUGAAAUAGUAACCAAAUUUCUCAUUCAUAUGAACAAACAGUUGCUUGUGACGUCAUGUUACUGACAUGGCACCCUAAUUUGUCAACUGCUGAAAGACAGCAAGCAAUUGACCACUUUAGAAUCAAGAAGUGAACUUGAGCCUAAAUGUGCCCUGCAAUCACCGUAAUUUUUAAGGAGUUAUUAUAACUCCAAAAAUGGAGAAAAAAUUUUAGGUACAGGAUAACCUCUUUUUGGGGGUUACUUUAACUCCUAAUUUAACUCCGAAUUUGGGGUCAUUUUACUCCUGAAAAGAGUUCUUUUUACUCCCAGUCUGGAGUUAAAAUAAGUCCGAAAUGGGGUUAAUCACUUUUACUUCUUACAUGGGUUGUUUUUACUCUUUUUGGAGUUAAUUUAACUCUGAAAGUGGAGUAAAAAAUUUGUGUACAGGAUAACUCCUUUUUUGGGGUUAUUUUAACUCCUCAAUAUCUGGGGUCACUUGUACUGCUGAAAAAGAGUUCUUUAAACUCCUUUUUGGAGUUAAAAUAACUCCUCAAAAAAUAACUCCACUAUAAGGAGUAAAAUUAGCCCCACUAGAGGAGUUAUUAUAACUCCCUGAAAACUACUGUGUAACCAAAUUUCUUUUUCAUAUGAACAAACAGUUGCUUGUGACGUCAUGGCACAUGGCACCCUAAUUUGUCAACUGCUGAAAGACGGCAAGCAAUUCACCACUUUAGAAACGAGAAGGGAACUGGAGCCUAAAUGUCCCCCGCAAUUGUUUCUGGGAUCGUUAUUGAGGACGCGCAAGGUCAGCUAUUGGCCAAUAGUAAAAUCCAACUAGUGGUCUAUUAUCAAUGCUGCGUUCUGACUGGUUGAGCUACUUACGAGGCUAUAUGUUAUAGCCAACUAGUAGCGAAAAGCGCGGGCUUUUUGGCAACAAAAAAGGAUUAAAGUCUAGCUUUCACCUAGCUAAAAUUUUUUUAUUCUCGACAUUUUUGACCAACUAGUUGGAUUUUACUAAAACAAUUAUUCCUCUCGCACUCAUGGGCUAUUGACUCAGAGCCCAUUCGGGCUCGAAGAAUAAUUGUUAAAUAUCUUCCCCUGUCCAUACUAACAGCCCAAGAAGUCUUUGCGAAAGUUUCCUUCUCGUUUCCAAAGAGGGGAAUUGGUGAUAUGGUGGUUCUAUGUAAAUGAACGGCUGUUAACGUUUUUCUUAUCAGCUAACAGCAUCCAUAAAUUAUUAGUACGAAGAACAAGACGUUUAGAUGGUGUAUCUUUAGGAGCCGAAUAAUAGGUUUAACUCCCUCUUUCUUAUCGUCCCUACAGGGCAUGGAAUCGUCUUAAAAAAUGCAGACAACGUUGAAAUAACAUCUGGAAAACUUAGUUUGUCACAUAUCACCAUCUAUGAAAUUACCAAUCCUAGAAAGGGAACCUGGAGCCUAACCGUGCCAGGUAGUAAUGGUGAUCAUGAGUACUCUGUCAAGUCAAGCAGCGACACUAACGUAGAUUUCGAUCAUUACUUCCUGAUUAAACUUUCUUGGCACAGACAGCCUACUGAAGUUCCCAUUUCCAAUCCAGUUGUUGGUAAGCCAGUCUCAUUUCUAGCAGAGUAGAUAAAAUCGUCUCAGUUUUGGGAGGGGGCAUUGCUUCCUUUUACUUUCAUCUUAACUACUGUACUAAUGAGGUUUUCAGCUUUCAAGAGCCCAGUAUACGAAAGAGCUGUCCUAAAAGGCAUCUUCUGCGUACUGUUUUCACUUUUUGACUUAAUUUUAGAGGUAAUUAUGCUAAAUGUAGAAAAUGACCACAAAAAGGUACUGUAAGUCCCCUGUGGUAAUCGAACCAUGAGUUUUCAGUUGAAGGUACAAAAUUGAUCUUUGGUUGACCUCUUGUUAGAUUUUGUUAUUUUCUUAACCGCAUACUUUCUUUUUUUCUUUUAGGCAAGUUAAACAAAAUCAUAAUUUCUGUCGCUGGAUCAGAAAAACUAGACAACAGUUCCAUGAGACUGCAACUCGUAACCACAGAGGGAAGAUAUAUCAGUGACCUCACCCUUCAGCCACAAAGCCGAGGUCGUUUUGUGGUCGACUUUAAUGCCCAUGCAAAUGGCCGACCAUUUAAGCUUAAAGUGAAGGGCACGACACAAAAAGGUUACCCUUUUGAGAGAAUUUCCCAUAAAAUCCACAAAACAACCACGGCUGUUCUAAGGGGAACUUACGCAAGCAAUUAUUAUACCCUUCCUUUGGGCAGAACCACAUUUAUUCGUUUUCAACUGUGCAACUUUGGGGCCACUGAAACUUUUGAUUUUCUCGUCGCAAAGGACACACGGCGUUAUGUUUUCCAUCGUCGCCUGAGUCCCAAACGCGUAAUAAAAGGCCGUUGUAAGUACAUCUCUAUUUUCGCCAAAGCUACUCGAUCUGAGGACGUGGGGAAGACAGAUGCAGUUUUCAUUAUCCUCAAGGGUCGAAUCUCAAGAACUGUUCUCUCGGAAACGGUUCAUCUGCUUGUUGACAAUUAA